AUGGUUACCAUGAAAGAGCUGCGAUCCUGCACGGCCUGCGGUGAACCCAUAUCGGACAAGUUCCUGCUAGAUGUUGGUGGCUGUUCGUGGCAUUCGGCCUGUUUACGUUGCUGCAUCUGUCACACACCGCUCGACCAUCAACCGUCCUGUUUUCUGCGCGAGCGACAAAUCUACUGCAAAACGGACUACACCAAGACGUUCGGUACCAAGUGUGCCCGGUGCAGCCGCACGAUCAGUGCCACCGACUGGGUGCGACGGGCUCGCGAUCUUAUCUUUCAUCUUGCCUGCUUUGCCUGUGAUAGCUGUGGGCGCCAGUUGUCUACCGGAGAACAGUUCGCCCUCGUAGACGAUAAGGUACUGUGCAAGACGCACUACUCGGAGAUGUUUGACUGCGGCACCUCGAGCGAUGACGGUUGUGAGGCGGAUGGAUACCAGAAGAACAACAAAACCAAACGCGUCCGUACGACGUUCACGGAGGAGCAGCUGCAGAUACUGCAGGCGAACUUUAACAUCGACAGCAACCCGGACGGUCAGGAUCUGGAGCGGAUAGCAUCGGUUACAGGUCUAAGCAAGCGUGUUACGCAGGUUUGGUUCCAGAAUUCGCGGGCACGACAGAAGAAGCACGUUCAAGUUCCUAGGGAAGGUGAAAUGAAUCCCUUUGCGAGGCAUAUCAACCUGCAGCUUUCGUACACCUUCCAGCAGGCCGGUGUUGUCCACAAUCCAUUGCACAUUGGCGCUGGUGGAGGCAUUUUAAGUGGGUCCCCCUUCGGCAGUAAUGGUAACUUUGGAAGCCAUCAUCACAACAACAAUAACAAUAGCAGUAGCAUCAACAAUAAUCACUCAUCGAAAUCAUCCGCCUACAGUACGCAUGAUUCCUCGCUUGAUGAACUAUCGGAGGACUCGGCGAUACAUUGCAUGCAGAGUGAAGCUUAG